AAAAAAAGUAUCAACUGUCAAUGUCACACUGGGUACCUAUUGACUAUACUGUGCAUGUUUCGAUCCAUGUAAUAUUUUACAAUUAUCUUGCUUAUAUUCCUAAGAAUCUUUCCAAAAUCUUAAUGAUAUUGUUUGUCAGAGAUGGGAAUGAAAUGUCAAGUAAGCACAUGAACAUGAAUGAAUUCGAUGUUUAUUAUGACGAUUACGCAUUUGCUGAAGUAUUGUCUGAGCAUGUCUUAGAGAAUAUAUUUUCUUACCUCAGUUUAAAAGACCUGCUUAAUUGUGCUUUAGUAUGUAAAAGUUGGUAUAGAAUCCUCAGCGAUGAAAACAAUGAUCUAUGGAGAUUACAAUGUGUGAAAAGAUUGGCAGAAGAAGUAAUGAAGGCUGAUUUACUUUCAACACUUACUACAUUUAGGUCCAAAUUAAGAGCAUAUUAUCAUGCAUGGAAUCCACAUGAUUGUUCUAGAAACAUAUAUAUAAAGCCAAAUGGAUUUACUUUACACAGAAACCCUGUGGCACAGAGCACUGAUGCAUGUAGGGGAAAAAUUGGAUUUUAUCAAGGUCGACAUGCAUGGGAGGUAAUAUGGGAAGGCCCUCUUGGUACAGUGGCAGUAGUUGGAAUCUCAACCAAAGAUGCACCCUUGCAAUGCCAGGGCUAUGUUGGUUUACUAGGAUCUGAUGAGCAAAGUUGGGGAUGGAACCUAGUUGAUAAUCAGUUAUUACAUAAUGGUGACACUCAAGGACACUAUCCACUUCUAAAUAACUGCCCAAAAUACCAAGUGGGUGAACGCAUAAGAGUUAUCCUAGACUGUGAAGAUAACACUUUAUCGUUUGAAAGAAAUUAUGAAUUUUUGGGGGUUGCAUUUAGAGGACUUCCAAACAAGAGACUGUUCCCAACAGUAUCAGCCGUGUAUGGCAAUACAGAAGUUUCAAUGGUGUAUUUGGGGCCACCAGUGGAUGGCUGAUAGUGAAUAACAUUUUCUUUUAGUAUUUAUUUCUAGUCAGAACAACACGAUGUGAUAAAUAUUACUAAUAUUCAUUAGUAGCUACCACUAUAAUAACUAACAGCCGUAUUCACUCACAAUAUCCCCUAUGAUUUUCAUAAUUGGAAUUUCGUAAUUUUGUUUAAGUAUCUGACAGCCAGGUGAAGAUAAGUUUCCUCACAAUGUUACUAAUCACAACGCCCAAUUGUAUUCUAUGCGUAAUUAGGUGGCCCAGAGGUCGCUUCUAAUACCGAAUGAGAUGUAAAACACAGUAUCGAGCUAUAAUUAUUAUAAAAUUAAAUAACAUUUGUGAAUACGGGAGUAAGUUUUCAAACAAACCGGUAUAAAAUACAAUCAAGAACAUAGCUGAGGUAUGCUAGCAAUUGCUAGCAUACCUUUCCAUUGUUAUUACUAACAACAAAAUAUGUUAGGCCAAAUAGGCCAGUGUUAUGUUAAACGCAUCACACACGGCAGCUAUAAUGUAUAGAUUUAUAUUAUACAACGAUAUAUUUAGACACAUCUUUCCAUUGAAAUCGUCUGAACACCACACACGACAGCUAUAAUGUAUGUUGUUAUACUUUCGUAUCUUAAGACACAGAUCGACUAAAAAUAUACAUUUAUAUCUAGUUCUAAGUUGAUUGUGCGCCAAUCGAGAAAGAUACUAAAAUGAAGAUAAAUAAACCUACAUUACAUAACCUGCUAUGUGUGUGAAACGUAAAGAUAAGUUAAAGCUAUACAUUCCGGGAUGUAAUAUACAUUAUAGUUACCACGUGCGAUGCGCUUUAGACUUGUUAAUUUAAUUCUUUUGCAAACCUAUUUGAAUCCCAGAGUACGACAUGUUCGAAUUUCAAACAAGAUCUGAAAUUGUUGGCGAUAGACGAUGUAUGCAUGCAUUUCACACAAUAUCAAUAUCAGAAUGUAAACAGCAUUGCUCACACUACCCACUUGAAAUAACAUAUUCAAAUUAUGUAUAAUUAUUACUUAGCUACAUUUUGUGCGUAUUCUUUUUGUUGCAACCUGCAGGGGAUAAUAAUCUUUAAGGGGUAAUCUUUAAGGUUAAUCAAAUAACGUGAGACGCUUAAUGACAAUUUAAUAAGUUUAUUUCCCUUAACAGGCACAUAAUUUUAUGUUCAUCGGAAUAAAAAUUGUCGAAUGAAAUAGAGAUCAUAUUUUAUUACGUUAUUUGUAUAAGAGUAAUAAAAUUCGGAACAUUUUUAAGCUAUAAUGCUAAAACCAUAAUCGAACGCCAAAACAUAAAACAAUUUAAACCAGUGUGUGAUAGACCACAGUGUGUUAUCACACUCGUUUAGAUUGUUUUAUGUAUUGGCCUGUAUGUAUUAUUUAAGUCUGUGCCUAAAUUAAAUUUAAAUAAUUGACGUGCGAAAAAUUUAUCCUGAAAGAUCCGAUUUAUAUUUUGCGGCCAAUAAAUGUAUAUCGAUCCACCGGCAUAAUUGUGUGUAAUGGUGAGGCAUAUUCAUCUCUAGUUUGUCGAUGCUUUAUCUGGACUCAACUCUAUUUACCACGAGAUGUAGGAGUAACGACGGUGUCGGUAUAAAAAAAAAUCUAAUUUAAAUAUUAAGAAUCUCAUGUAAGCUCGAUUUAUCAUGCGUUUCAUUUAUACAAAUUCGUACAAUUUUCAAGCUUUGCUUUUACGUGUCAAUGAAAUAAAGUACUUAACAUCCAAGAACACCCCCCAUGUUUUUAAUAAAUAAAAACGAUACAUUCAA